AUGACGAUCGGCUCCCAAGACCAAGGCGCAACAGGCGCUGCCAAGUGGGUGACAUCCACCCUUGGAAACACCGUUGGCGGCGUGACCCGUACUGUGGGCGGAGUCACGGGCGCUGCGACGAGAGGUGUCGGUGAUACCAUCAACAGUGCGACGGGAAGUGCUGGACGACCCGUUGGCGAUGCGAUUGGAAAUGCUGGGACUGGACUGGAGGAUGGAACAAAGCAGGUCGCCAAGGGGGGUUGA